CAGGUCAGCUCAAACAUGGAGAGAGGAGCAGAGAGACAAAGAGGAGGUGAUAGGGAGGUGGCAGAGGAAAAAGGCUCGGUGGAGAGGCAGUGGGGGGAGGCUGAGGUGCUGGCUCUCAUGACAGUGUGGGACGAGGUGGGAGCUCAGCACGUAGCAGAGAGCAGAGCCACAUUUGAGCUGAUUUCAGAGCGUCUGAGGAGGCUCAGUGUUGUGCGCAGUUGGUGGGAGUGUCAGGCCAAGUGCAGGAGCCUGGGACUCCAGAGCAGGAAGCCAGACGCAGCAGCAGGCACCUCAGCAAACUACAACCCAGGAGUGGAUGCAAGGCCAGAGGACAGCUGGGAGGAAGAGGAGGAAGAUGUGGGUAAUCAAAGAGGAAUCUACCAUCCCUCAGUCACUAUCCCAAUACAGGAAGGUAUCAAGAGUCUAAUCCAUCAGACUCCUUACACUGCGAGUGUGGCUGAAGAGAGCGGGCGCCACUGGACGGACGAUGAGGUGCGAGCGCUGCUGUGCGUCUGGGCUGACCGGCACAUUCGGGAGCGCUUGAAGUGCACGCUACGCAACAAAUCCAUCUUCCAGGAGAUGGCUCGUCAGAUGCAGAGAAACUUUGGGGUGGUACGCAACUGGAAACAAUGUCGAACUAAAUACAAGAACUUGAAAUAUGAUUACAAGACUGCCAAAAGCGCUCACGCUGUUCGAGGCAGCGGCGCAGGAGGCCCGGGGAAAUACAUGAAGUUCUUUGAUGAGGUGGAGGGAAUUCUACUGGACCGGGGGCUGGAAAACGGGACCAUGGAGAUGCAGAAGAGGUUGUAUGAGGGAGAAAUUGGAGCAGAGAGGCAACAGACAUCGGCCUCAGAAAGUGAAGUUGUGAUUGAAAUUGACGAUGAUGAAAACAGUGAUGAUUAUGAUAUUGAUGGAGACAUGGAAGCAAGAUGGAGAGGAACAGAUGCCCAUCUUGCACUCACGGAUCCGUCCAGCUCUGAGCAGUUCCACGUGGUCACGGUGUCAGACACGGGCCGAAACUGGAGUGACCAGGAGGUGCGAGCGCUCAUUCAAGUCUGGUCCGAUGAGCGAGUGUGCAAACAGCUGGAGAGCUCGACUAGAAAGAGAGACAUCUUUGUCCAGAUCUCCAACAGGUUAAUGCAGCAAGGCAUUGAGCGGGACUGGAAGCAGUGCCACACCAAGUACAAAAACCUCAAGUACCUUUACCGCUCCCUUCAGAGAGGGAAGGGUGAAGAAGCUGACCCUAGGCGCCUUAUGAGGUUCUACGAUGAGGUGGAUGCCAUUAUGAAUCGCACAAGUGAUGGCUCACCACAGGAGAACACAGGAACUGCGGACCACCAGGCAGAAUCAGACAGACUCACGAUGUUGGGAGUCCGUGAGGAGAACAAUCAUGUAGAUGUGUAUUUGAGAAAGAUGAACGCAGUGACCACAAUGGCAGGAGGAACUGAGGACCGAGCAUGUGGUUCUGAUACGGUCUCAUCUAUGUGCUUCGAUGUGACACCGAACCACGAAGAACUGAGGCUGCAUGCACUCCAGGAGCUACGCUUUGAUCAACAGCACAGAUUAAUGAGCUCUUGUGAAACGCGUGUAAAGACAGAAGUUAUCUAUUCAGCAAACAGAAGGAUGAAGAGGAAAGCUGUGGAUCAAGACUUCACACUCCAGACACCAGUCAAAAAACAGGUCACUGGCUGUGAUAACAUGGAGGCUGGAUGUAAAGAAGAGCAGGAUCACAUCCCGAUAAUGAAGAUCAAUUCAGUCUGUUCAAUAGCCUCACCUAAUCCAUCCCCACAGAGAGAGGUAACACCUACUCACACAUGUGUUACAGUACAAAAAACAUGUUGCAACCAAGGUAAACUAAAGACAUUAUUCUUUAACAGACUGUAGGAGUUUAAAGACACGAUGCUGCUGAGCUGUGAGAAAAUCAGAUUAUACAGUUUAUUUCUGUUUUAUAAGAGAGAUUGUAUGUCAUCUUAUAAAAGCUGCAACCUCUUGUCAAUUAGUUUAACGACAGGAAAUUAUAUUAAGAACUAAUUGCACUAGUAAUUUUUCAAGAAAUGAUGCCAAACCAAACAUAUCACAUUUGAUAAUGUGUUGCUCUUCUGCAAUUUGAGUCUACAUAACUGUUUCGGACUUUUUUUUGUGGAAUUUAAAAAACACUUUGAAGAUAUCUGUAUGGGCUUGUUUUUCUUACUCUGGAAUUUGUAUAGACAAUACAUUCAACAGCAGAUCACUUAAUAGGUUAUUUGCACAUCUCCACAUCCGAUAGUAUUUUAGUGAUUCUGUUACCAAAUAUUUAGUUUGUGAUUAACUUUAUGUAGCUACUUAUAGUAGAUAUAUUACUGAUCACUUUGGCUAAGUUUACUGAAGAAAUGUUGACUUUUCAGUGUGGUAU